AUAUCAUACCAUGCAUCCGUCCAGUACUCCGGUUACCUCACGCUGUGGCUUUCUGCGCAGUCGCAAGCGCAUUAAUCCGCAUCCCAUAUCGCAACUUAUUACGCUGCCAAAGGCAGAAAAAGGAGAAAAGCUUUCCAAGGUUGAUUUAGAGAACGCCAGCUCGAAUCCCGAGGAUAUCAACCACUCAAUGGAUCCUGACACCUCGCCAAAAUUGAAAUCCCAGGACAUCGGAAAAAGGUAG